AUGGAAAUUCCAGGCGGUAUUUUAAGUUUACGAGAGCCAAUCAUCGGCCAACGAAUAGUUGGAGGAACAGAGACGGAUAUUCGUCACCAUCCUUAUCAAGUGACUUUGCAGUAUUCGGGAAUGCACAAUUGUGGUGGUUCAAUAAUUAGUAAAAAAUGGAUCGUUACAGCUGCUCAUUGUAUUAGCAUUUCUGGUUAUACUUAUACUGUAGGAGCUGGAAGUAAUCACAGAUUUAAUGGGAAAUUGUACAAUGUCUCCCGUUUAGUUCCACAUCCGAAUUAUGUAUUGUUUGGAAAUGAUUACGAUAUUGCUCUUAUAAAAAUUGCAGAAAAAUUUAAAUAUAGUCCUAACAUAAAACCAAUUAAACUGCCGAAAAGGGAAUUGAAACAUGGAGAAACAGUAAAUGUAACCGGUUGGGGUUUAAUUACGGAAGGUGGAUCGGACACGGAUAUUUUGAUGAAAGUGACUUUACCAAUUGUUAAUCGUAAGUUAUGCAAAUCAGCCUAUAAGCACAUCAAUCUCAUAACAAACCGAAUGAUUUGUGCCGGACGCCUCGGAAGCGGCGGCAAGGACUCUUGUCAAGGCGAUUCUGGAGGUCCAUUGAGCGCUAACGAUACUCUUUACGGCAUCGUAUCCUGGGGAUAUGGCUGCGCGCGACCAAAUUAUCCUGGUGUUUAUACGAAUGUCGCCUAUUUCAGAAGGUGGAUCGCCAAUAUCACUGGAAUUUAA